CUUAGUGUAUAAAAGCCGGUCCCCGCCGUUUGGUGGGCACUCUUGGUCUCUUUGUCUCACGGACAACAUCUCACCAUGAACGCCGUUAUCGUACUUCUCGGUCUCGUCUCCGCCGCAUCAGCCGGCUUCGUCGGUGGAUAUGGUGGAUAUGGUGGCUACGGCGGCUACGGCGGCCUCGGCUACGGCGGCUUCGGCUACGGCCAUGGCGUAGCCGUCGCUGCCGCUCCCGUCGCUGUCGCUCGUCCCGUGGCCGUGGCUGCCCCAGUGGCCGUCGCUCGCCCCGUGGCUGUGGCCGCCCCUGUGGCCGUCGCUCGUCCCGCUGUGGUAGCUGCCGCCCCCGUCGGCCUCGGCUACGGAUACGGAGGCUUCGGCUACGGAGCUGGUCUCGGCUACGGAGCUGGUCUCGGCUACGGAGCUGGUCUCGCCGUCGCUGCCGCCCCCGCGGUCGCCGUGGCCCGCCCCGUCGCUGUGGCUGCCCCAGUGGCCGUCGCCCGUCCCGUCGUCCACGCCGCCCCUGUCGCUGUGGCUGCUGCUCCUGUUGCUUACGGCGUUGGUCUCGGUUACGGUCACGGUCUCGGCUACGGUCAUGGUCUCGGCUACGGCGUUGGUCUCGGAUACGGCCAUGGUCUCGGAUACGGCCAUGGUCUCGGCUACGGCGUUGGCUUCAAGAAGUACUAAGCGGUUUCACCACAUCAGGAUCUCAUGCGAUCACCUCCUCCCGUGUGGUGGAUUCCCAUGGAUUCCAUUGCCAAAAAGCUUCGCUUCACAAGUCACAGCAAGCGACCAAGAUUGUGUUCAAAAUAAAUUGUUCGGGUUAUGACGGGGUGCGUUUUCCCAAAACGAAAAAAAGACAAAA